AUGUGCUUUGCAUUAACAGCCAGGAAAGUUAAUGAAAGCAUCCCAUCUUACUUUGUGAUAAAUUCAGAAGCUUAUUCAUGGUUUUUAGCGCUUCUUUAUUCCGUUUCAUGGUACAAUAAAAGCACUUUUCAUACCUCGAAUUCUGUUACUAAUGAUAGAAGCAACGGUACGAAUCAUUCAAACUGUUUAUGGAGCUCCAUCAAAAGCAAGAGACAUGAAUGUUUAAAACUUUCUCAGUUGAAAAAUGUCUUAGUCCUGAGGCUUCAACAUCUAAUUAAGCGGGAUUUUCACUCUUUGAACUUCUUUAUAGAAUCUUCCGCAAAUAUUAAAUUAGGUAUAAAGAUGUACCAAUACGGUGUAAUACUUGCUUCAUUUCAAAGAAGUCUUUAA